UACGACAGCUCAGAGCGGAAGUUGGCCCAGGAUGCCGGUCUGCUUGCUGAAUUCGGCGUGGGUCCUCGCGGCUCUGCGCAGUGUCUGCAGCAGACAGCUCUUCCUGUAUCAUUCAGUACCAUUUAACCGUGUAAAAAUAGCCACGACCACACCGGGAACACGUCUCGACUUUACUUCCAGAUUCUGUUCCGAUUUUGACGUCCAGGUGGCCGGAAAAAGCAGCAUGUCGUCCCCUGCGAUGUCACAGAGGAUGGUGUGGGUGGACCUGGAGAUGACAGGUCUGGACAUUGAGAAGGACAAGAUCAUUGAAAUGGCAUGCAUUAUCACAGACUCCGAUCUGAACAUUCUGGCUGAGGGGCCCAACUUGAUAAUUAACCAGCCAGAUGAGCUGCUGGAUGGGAUGUCAGAGUGGUGUAAAGAGCAUCAUGGCAAGUCAGGACUGACCCAGGCUGUACGGGACAGUAAAAUCACCCUGGAACAAGCUGAGUAUGAGUUCCUGUCAUUCGUCAGACAGCACACCCCUCCUGGACAGUGUCCCCUCGCUGGCAACUCUGUGCAUGCAGACAAGAGGUUCUUGGACAAGUACAUGCCACAGUUCAUGUACCACCUCCACUACAGAAUCAUUGACGUCAGCACUAUCAAGGAGCUUUGCAGACGGUGGUUUCCAGACGAGUACAAGAUGGUACCUCACAAGAAAGCAACCCACAGAGCCUUGGACGACAUCACAGAGAGCAUUAAAGAGCUGCAGUAUUACAGAGCCAACGUCUUUAAAGCUUCAACAGAGGAGAAGAAGCGCAAGAUUAUAGAAAAUGGAGGCAGCAACAAGAGUUAGUACACAUGAGUGAGACUAUGGAGCCUUCAGUGUUCUGUGGCUGUAUUUCCAGAAGGAGGCAGUUUCAUCAUUCAGUGUGAUUUAUGCAAAUGUCUUCAUUGCUUUUAGUUUUUGUUCUUAUUUAGCUCCAUAAUGAUCCUUUGUUUCAGUAUUGUUCAAAAGUUAACUUAAAGGUUUCAUGAAAGGGAGCAAGAUUCUAGUAAAAGUUUAUUCAAAAGAAACCUAUUUUCCAAGUUUAAAAGAGAAACUUUUGUAUUAAUUUAUCUUUAGUUGGGAUUGACUUUUCAUUUACCCUUGUUUUUAAAAUGAAACCAAAUAAAGUCAGUGGUCCCUGAGGAAACA